UGGUUUAUAAACGGAAAGUUUCAGAGGUGAGAGAGUUUGAGAAGACGAAGAAGGAAACAAAGAAAGCUUGCGAUGGGUGAUGGUGAUCAUAAACCUCCGCCCACGACGGAUGAUAUUCGCCAGAAAAUGAUCAGCUCCUUUACUGCUGAGAUCACAUCUUCUUCGAGAGAAGCCGCUAUACUCAUUCUUGAAGCUCAUCAAUGGGAUAUCGCCGCUGCAGUCUCCGCCUUCAGAGACGCCGUCGUCGCAGCAGCCGACGCCGCCUCCACCGCCAGGGAAAAUGCUCAUUCUACGAUACGGUUCCGAUCACCACGGUCUCCUUCUCGUGCCUUCUCUCCUAGCGAUGGGAACAUCCUCAGCGACUCCGAUGAAAAAGAGAACGACGAUGCUAUGGAGUCAGAUGAUGUAGACAGAGAUCUACCAUCAUCAUCAUCAUCAUCAUUAGCAUCAUUACCAAGAAGACUAAAGUUCAGAAGCUUAAGCGAAAUUCUUUCAGUUACUCCACAAGUGAUCCCGCGCACUGUCACUAUCUGGAGGAAUGGUGUCACUGUCGAUGAUAAUCCAUUAAUCACAUUGGAUGAUCCGAAAGAUGCAGAGUUUCUCAGGGUCAUAGAAAGCUUGGACUCACCACGUGUACUCGAUUCGCCAGAUGGCAAACGGCGUGCCGUUAUCACACUCAUUAGGCGUCAACAAGAAGACUUCCCUGAUUCAUCAAAUCCAUUCCAAGGAGUGGGAAGAACUCUAGCCGAGCCAGACUCUGUCCCACCAGCUUCAUCCGACUUACUCACCGCAGAAGCAACAUCAUCAAUGGAUCCCACAGCGCCAACGACCUCGAUCAAGGUCAUAUUAGCAGACGGCACACCCAUUGUCUCCCGGUUCACUACUACUCACCAUACCAUCAGAGACGUUCGAGACUUCAUUGACGCGGCUACACCAGGUGCCUCCAGAGACUACCAACUACUCAUCAUGGGAUCGUCUCCUCCUACACCACUGACGACUGACUUAGACCAAACCAUCGAGCAAGCUGGCAUCUCCAAUGCUGUUCUCACUCAGAAGUUCUAGACCUUCCUCUUAUGCACAUAAAAGAUCAAUUC